UUUAAUUUGCCUGAAAUCCUUUAAAGCAUUACGAGCAUGCAGAAAGGACAUAUAAUUUAAGACUGCUACUCGCAAGCAAGAACUGAAUACAAAUACUCAUUUCAAGAAGCACACACUCGUAUAUAUAUAUAUAUAUAUAUAUAUAUAUAUAUAUAUAUAUAUAUAUAUAUAUAUAUAUAUAUAUACAUAUAUAUACACGCAAAGGCACAGACCCACUGUGGAAUAUACAUAAACGAAAAAGACAAAAUGAAAACUUCUCAAGUUGAUGUUGAUGGCGUCCUACGUGCUCUGGGACAGACAAGAUUUUUCCACACCAGUCAAUGUAUCCUGAUUUGUGCCUCUUUAAUUGUAGCAUCGACAAAUAGUUUAUUCUACAUAUUCUAUGCCAUAACUCCAGAAUAUAGGUGUAACAAUCUGACAGAGUCUCAGCUCAAUCAAUACAACAUAUCGAUUAAUGAAGACAUUCUGAUAUAUGAAAAAUGCACCAUAGACAUCACCAAUACCGAAGAAGGGGUUACAGCUGAGAACCGAACUCUGAACUGUCUGAAUGGUUAUUACUAUACCGCACCAGUUGAUAAUUCUAUAGUGUCACAGUGGGACCUGGUGUGUAACAGACUAGGAUUGGCAGAAUUAACUCAGACUUUGUACACUGUUGGUCAAAUUGUCAGUGGUUUGUUAGGACCAUGUUUGAUUGAAAAAGUCGGACGUAAACCUGUGAGAGUGUUAAGUCACGUGUUGAUGUUAGUCUUCAACUUAAUCGCCUCAUUUUCUCCGUCUUACUGGUUGUUUGCGGCAAUGAAAUUUUUGACUGGAGGAUUUCGUGAGAUAUACUUUCUUAGCUCUGUUACUUUGAUUUGCGAACUAUACCCGAAAGAGAAACGUAUCAUUAUGUCUGGUAUAUUUAUGGGUUGUUGGGGAUUCUAUAAUUCUACUCUAGGUUUGAUAGCCUAUUUGUUGAAGGAUUACGGUUGGAAUACGUUAUUUUUGUUUAAUGUUGUCAUCUCAGGAUAUUUCCUAGUGGAUUACUUCUUCCUGAAGGAAUCUAUUCGGUGGCUCUUCGCCAAUUCAAAAGUAAAAUCAGCGAAGAGAAUUAUCAGGAACGCAGCAAAACAAAACAAUAUAGACUUUGAUAGUGUCUGGAAUAUAACUUUGAAAGAUACCUCAGUACAACACGCUGAUGGUCACAUGAACGAAACCAGUCUUGAAUAUCGAAUGAGCGACUCCAGUGUUCAACAAGGUGUCACAACUGGUGUCAAACAUACGCAAGCACAAACUAAAGAAGAAUCCGCAUUAUUUGCCAAUAUACUCACUGUCUUUAAGUCACCCUAUCUGAGGAAAGUAACUAUUGUGUUGUGCAUAGAAUGGGCUGUAAAUAUAGCCUCGUGGAACAGUAUUUUUCAAAUGAUGGAAGUUCUUGCUGGUAACAUCUAUCUCAACUCUUUCAUAAUGUCUUUAAUUGAUGUAUUUGCUAUCGGGAUUUACUCUGUGAUAGCGAAAAGGUUUGGUCACAAAAUAUCACUACAAAGCAUGAAGACACUUGCUGCUAUGUCAGUCAUCUCUGCAUCCCUGAUAAAGAUAUUCGCAGAGAGCAGCAACACAAUGGAAUAUAUCAUCCUCGCUUUGUACAUUUUGGCUGUUGCCGGACUGAAUGCUGCCUCCUGUGGUGAUUAUAUUUACACCUCGGAACUCUAUCCGACACAAAUAAGAAGUAUUGGAAGUGGUUUUGCUACAACUUUCACGCGGAUUGUAUGCUUGUCAUCACCUUUCCUGAAACUCUUGGCAUUGGUAGUUCCGUGGGCUCCUGGGAUUAUCAUAGGAAGCGGAUGUAUAGUUUCUUCAAUUUUGGUUCAAGUAUUUCUACCAGAAACUGGAGACCGUGUUCUACCACAGACAAUCGAGGAAGUGACCAAAAUAGAGAAUGAAAAGAAAAGGAAUAAAAUUCACACUAUAUCCUACAGAGAAUGAGAUAAUCAAUAUAAUCUGUAGCCUCAAUCAGCAAAAUUACGUUUAUACAAAUUCAGAACACGUAGUCUAUAUUGAAGUGAUGUGUGUAUGUAUAUGAACAUAUAUCACAUUAUAUUCUAUUAUACUAUAUUGUAUUAUAUUAUAUUAUGUAUAUUAUAUGUAAAAAGCCUGGGAAUAAGUUUCUUAUAUGAUUAGGUAGUGAGAGCUAAUCAUAUGAUAGAUUCUUUAUAUAAUGAAAUAUGAAAAUUGUUCUAUUUUAUCCAGAAUGUUCAUCAUUCUGUCACCUGAGCGAUCCUACAAUAUCAUGAAACUUAGAGUCUUGUUUGACUUAUCAUAUUCAGAUGUAUAUAUCGGUCUACUUCUUCUGCUGAGUAAUUCACUUUGACAUGCAGUAUUCAAGAGAUCGGAAAAGUUCACUCGGAAACUUUCAACGGGAAUAGGAAGAUGACUUAGUGAAACGAUUUUACCCAAGAUAGAAAAAAAAAGGACACAAUCAAGGAAGAAAUAGAAGCGCAUUGUUACCAGCGAAAAAUAAUAUCCGGUAGUUUAGUCGAUUGCAUUGUAUAAUACAUUAAACAAAAACCUUUUUAAAAAAUGCGAUUCAAUACACCCGUUUUCAUUGAACACCAGAUUUAGGAAUGCUAGCCCCUAAACUAUCCGGUUUGCCCAUCUUUUACACUUUAUUCGUUAAAAUUAAUAUCGGGAAACAGAACCUGCGGAUUCAGAGACUUACAUUUUACAUGCAACCACCCAUACAAAACUAUCUUCAACGGAGGCUUCUUGAAAAUGACAUCGAAAACGUUAGAAAUAUUUUAGUCAGCAAAGCUAUGAAGUCUAUGGUUGAUAAGUGCACUUGGAUAAACAAACAUCCAAACUCACUCAAGACAUAGUCUAUGAAUUGGAAGUUAUAUUUAAAAAUAGAAACAAGAAAAUAAAUAUCAAAAUAUAAAAUGAAAUGACAAAAAGAUCUUUGAAAAAUGAUAUUUGUCGAUCAUUUAUCGUCCCGACAGUGAAAAACAACUAAUGGAAUAGAGAUAGAAAUACAGAAAUAUAAUAUAUCAAAGAAGGAAGAGAUAUUUGGUAGAAAGUCUUAAGCAAAAAUGAUCGUUGAUAAAUCGCUAAUAGAAGCGAUAAUGAUCCAGAUCGCGGAAAAUGUGACUUUAUUCCGUUCUACAAAAGCCUCUACACAUUACUUGGGUACCUACUCAAAGUGGUUUAGACCCUGCAGCCGUUUCUCCAAAAAACUUGUUGAAGUUCUGGAAUCCUACAAAACCAUCCAACGAAAUAUCACUUAUCUUGAACUUUACUUUCUAUUAAAUAAAAUAUAAUCAACCAUA